AAUAAAUAUGGGUGAUUAAUAGGAAAGAUAUUAAAGAGCAAUUAACAAUGAAUUUUAAUCAGAAUUUCUAGAAUUUGAGAAUCAGAAUGAAACUAUAGGAAUUGAUGUAAGAGAUUAACUUGGAAAAAGAUUACAUUAUUGGAGGUAAAGAUAAUAGAAAUAAUAAUAAUAGUGCAGGAGAUGAUAUUUAUAGUGUUACAUAUAAAAAGAUUAAAACUAGAUUACAUUGGUUAUUCAAUCCAGACACAUAUAAUAAAUCAACAAAGAAAUAAAUUUAAAGGCAAGCAUAAUUAUAUAAUAUAUAAAUUAUUUUGGGAGUCAUUUUUGUAUACAUAUCAUAAAUAUUAAGAUAGUUACACCUAUUACUAUAGCUAUUACAUUCAUUUAACCAAGAGUAGCAAGAGCUAAAAGAGAGUUCUUAAUGCAUUAAUACGAUAAAAUAAAGUACUUUUAUUUAUUAUAUAUAAUUCUAGUAUGAUCACAAAAGCAUUAGGAGUUUAAUAAUAAAAAAUGGAUAUAAAUACUUUAAAAAGAUUUCUUUAUAAAAAAGAAGAAUGA